GGGAUGUUUGACGCUUUAGGUUAAAAUCAGGAGCAGCGACUUUAAAUGACGUCAUCACGCACAUAUCCGACUUGUCCUUGACGCCGCACCAGACGAAAGGAAAUAUGGUUGCUUACUGGAGACAAGCAGGUCUCAGCUACAUCCGCUUCUCCGCAAUCUGUGCCAAUGCGGUGCGGGCUGCGCUAAAGUCCGAGUUCAAAUCAGAUGCGAUGAAGGCCGCAGAAGCCAGCGUCAAAGUCCUAAAACCCAAACCGGCAGCAUGAUGUGACACCAUGAUAUAAAUGUUUUGUUUCCUGGAGUUGUGAGGUCCAGUCUCACAUACUGAAGAGAGAUGGGCAACAUCACAGCAUUAAUCUGUGCCAGAUUGAGUGUUAGAUGGAAAUGACCCCCC